GCCGUCAAACCAUGAGCUGAUACCAUGGCCAUCUUUGCCUUCCUUCCGCCGGUCCCACCAUACCUUUUCUCGGCUCUUGUCGUCAGCAGCUUCGCCUCGAAGGCCUUACAUAUCGGCCUUCAUUUCCAUUCGCUACCAUUCCUCUACCUCGUGCUAUAUUCACCGACACUCAUUUUACCGGAGUUGCUUAUCAUUAGCUUCGUGCGAUUAUUGUUACAAUUCCCCACACCAGAAUCGCGGCUACAAUGGAUAUCAACAUGUCUGGGUGGACUCCUCUCCUUAAUCACCUGGGGGGCCUCCUCCAUCCAAUUUGGAUUCUUCAUGCAGACUGGCGCGGAGGUCGCUUGGGCCGCCAGUAAUAGUUUCCUGAGCGAUCCUGCUGCCAUGAAGAUAUUAUUAAGCGGCAUCUCAACUGUGUCCGCCGCAGCUACCGUCUUGGGCCUCGUGGCGUGGCUGAUCCAUGCCCACCUUUAUAACCUGACCGGCAUAGUAUUACAGGGAUUCCGAGAUCUAUUGAUUGGGGCAUUCAAAGCACGACGGAAUAUACUUUCGGUUCCCAGCAAAUCCUGGAUUGCAUCCGUGGACCUUCGAUCUGCUCGGCGUAUAGCGCUUCUAGUCUCCGCUUUGAUCUCACUGUUGUUCUUGGAGCUCUCUAGACCUUCGAUUCCCUACGAUCAUCUGUCUGGCGCGUUGCCUCUGACUCUACUCGAUGCAUUCACCAAAAAGUCCAGCACGCUGGAAGGCUGCCGAAACCCUGCAAAGCCCUUCCCUCUUUGGCCCGUGGAAAAGACCAGUCUUAUGGAUGGGUGGUCACGAGCCUCAUGGUUGCCUCAAGAUCCACCCCCGGGAUUUAGCCGAUGGGCUAUGAGCCCUCAGCAGCGGGCGGAGAAGGAUAAUCCUUCUUAUUAUCUUUGCGGUGAUGACGAAAAUGCGUUCUUCAACCCCAAAGCGGAUCCUCUGAAGAUUUCCAAUUUAGAUGGUGAAAUUUAUGAGCCUCUACAGAAAGCUUUCCAGGAACACUCGGUGGAAAUUAAUAACAUUGUUCUGUUAACCCUUGAAAGUGGGCGGAAAGAGAUGUUCCCCAUGCAGCAGGGCACACCCAUGUUUGAUGCCCUCAUCGCUUCCCAUAAGGAGAAAAAGAAGGAAGCGGCAAUUGAUCGUCUAGUGAAGAUGACCCCAAUUGCACAGAUGUUGACUGGCGAAUAUGCGACAGACAGCAAGGGCGAGAAGGUGGAUCUGAGUGAGGCAAACUGGCAAGAUCCAGCGGAGGAAGGUAUGGGAGGACUCAAUGUUCGCGGAGCACUCACAGGUAGUUCUUUGACAUUCAAGAGUAUUCUGGGUAGCCAUUGUGGUGUUCACCCUUUGCCAGUUGACCUCCUAGAGGAGUCUAUGCUUGAGAUUUACCAGCCCUGCUUACCGCAGCUGUUGGAAUUGUUCAACCAGAAGAGGAUGCCCAAAGCCAUCGAAGCACGGAGCAACAACUCUCAUACCUCAGAGGCAUUACAGAACCAGUGGAAGUCUGUCUUCAUGCAAUCUAUCACAGAUGACUAUGACCGUCAAGAUAUCCUGGAUGAAAAUAUGGGGUUCAAGCAUAAAGUUGUGAAGAAGACCAUGAAUGCUUUCAAGUCGAAAUACAAACCCAAGGGCGAGGAGAUUAACUACUUUGGGUAUGCCGAGACAGAAUUGAAGCCCUACGUCAGAGAUCUGUUCUACGAGGCCGCAAACAACAAGACCCGUAUCUUCCUCUCGCACGUUACCAGCACCACACACCAUCCCUGGGGAACCCCGAAAAGCUUCGACAAGGAGAAGUACAUGGGAUCCGAGGGUGCUGCCAACCACGACUUGAUGAAUAACUACUUGAACGCCGCUCGAUUCGUCGACAACUGGCUUGGAGAUAUCAUGAAUCUCCUAGAUGAGACCGGUAUCGCCAACUCUACCCUGGUUGUCAUCGUCGGCGAUCACGGACAAGCUUUUGGAGAAGACAAUAAAGAUAUGACCGGCACCUACGAAAACGGACAUAUCAGCAACUUCCGCGUCCCACUCGUCUUUCGACACCCACACAUGCCCCGUAUCGAUAUCACAGCUAACGCAACUGCCCUCGCCAUCAUCCCCACUAUCCUGGACAUGCUCGUUCAGUCCCAUUCUAUCGACAAAAGCGACUCCGAAAUUGCCGCUGCUCUGCUCCCCGAGUACCAAGGCCAAUCACUCAUCCGCCCCUUCAUUUCAUCUAUCAAAGACGAACCGCCGCGCGACCAUGACAGCCAGAUCAAGAAUCCGGACGAAAUCGAAGUACGCGCCCCGCACAAGAACCACCACGGUCCGCAUACUCGAUACGUCUGGAACUUUGGCCUCAUCAACGCUGGUGGAUCCAUGAUCUCGGUUACGGCUGCCGGUACGCCCUACCGACUCGUCCUUCCGCUUCGCGAAGGGUUUGAGUAUGUCUUCACUCACCUGGGCAAAGAUCCUGGUGAGUUGCGACCGACCAAUUCAUGGACCCUGUCGCAACUCAUUAAUGAGGUUCUUUCGGAGUAUGGUAAGGACGCAGCGGAGUGGCUUGAAGAAGCCGAGAAAGUUGGGAUUUGGUGGACGAACGAGCAAAGGCGGAUAUGGGGCUACAGGGAAGCUUAA